AUGGAGUUAUCACAAGCCAUAGCGAAAUUAUUUGAAAAAUAUCGUUCGUUACGGAAUUUCAAAAAAUGGACAANUGCAUCGAGUAUGAAAACAGAUAUUCGAACAAGCAACAUUGAUCAAGGACAAAUUAUAACUUUUGCUUAUGCAUUUUCUGUUACAUUAAUGGUUUUAUUCGCUCUUGGAUCGAAUAUCUUGUCAAUCGAUACAUUCUGUCGUAUACAAUUACGAUCAACUACAGUUGGUCUCUAUCUUCUUGUCUAUAGUUGUUGUUCUUUAUUUGGUAUACUUAUGCUCGAAUGUCGGCUUUUUCAAUUAUUGGAUUCGCUUACAUAUAUAUCAUUCUUUAUCAUAUGCAAUGUUGUAUCUGGUCUUGCAUCGAUAUUUACUCGAAUCUGUCUUUGGAUGAAUGGAAUUAUUGCAUUGCAACGAUCAUUGUAUUCAUUUGAACACAAUCCUUUCAUAAAUAGAAUCCGUUCACAAGCAACUGCAUCAAAACACAUUAUCAUCGUUAUCAUUUGUAUAUUCUUGAUGCAUGCUCAUGAAUUGAUCUGUCGUGUUACGCUUCCUGAUCCAGUUGCUGAAGGAAAAUUCGUGUGUCAAAUUAAAUAUUCAGCAGAGUUAUUAACAUUAAAUAAAGUUUUUUCAUUUCUACAUUUAUUCGUACCGUUUUCAUUGAAUAUUGUUUCCAAUUGUCUAAUUAUGAAAUCGAUCAGUCGACGACGAGCCACUCUUCAUCAAACAACAUAUUGGUCGCAAUGGGUGAGACAAUUUCGACAUCAUGGCCAUCUCUUUCUUGCACCAACAUUGGCUAUGGUAGAGGCUCGAUUUUCUUAA